GGGUGGAUGCGGUAGGUAGGUAGGUAGGUAGGUAGGUAGAUAUGGUCAUAUGUAAGGAAACUAUGGAAGGUACAAGUGAAUUCUCACAGUCCAACUUUUUGGACUUCAAACCUAGAGAUAUUCAUUUCCUAGUGCAUGAGAUUGCAGUACUAUUUGCAUGAUAUCUUCAAUCUUCAAAUCUUCAAAUCCUCUUUCUCUUUGUCUCCUGCCUUAUUAUUCCCUACUUAAAACACUCCCUUCCUAUCUUCCUCCCUUUCUCCCUUCCUCGGUGACAUCACUCUACAAUCGAAUCCACGACCAUGCCAUCGGCACUACCACCACCAAGCUCGACUUCCAAAGUCACAAAGUUUACAAAUUGCCGUCUCCUAAAGGGCGAAUCUUUAGUAACCCAAGAUCUAUGGGUCUCCUCAUUCAACGGUAAAAUUAUUCAAAGCCAGGAAGCCUUUUACGGUCAAUUAUGUGUACCAGAUGAAGUUAUUGAUCUGGGUGGUCGCAUUAUCUCACCAGGUUUCAUUGAUACUCAAUUAAAUGGAGCUUUUGGUUUCGAUUUUGCUUCUAUACCAGAAAGUGAUGAUCCUAAUGCUUAUGCAAAGGAAUUCAAGAGGGUUAAUCAAUUGUUGAUUAAGACGGGUGUUACUUCACAUUUACCUACUAUCACAUCAUCAAGACCGGAGGUCUAUCAUCAUGCACUUCCAUUUCUAGGUCCCUCGGGAGCAAAUCGUCUUGCAUCAGAUGGAACCGAAUCACUCGGCGCUCACGUCGAAGGUCCAUUUCUCGCUCCCACAAAAAAUGGAAUCCAUCCCCUCCCCGUCCUAUUAGCUCCCAAAUCCAGCGACCUCACUUCACUCUCAGAUUGUUACGGUGCCUCAAACCUCCGAGGAAACAUCCGUCUUAUCACCGCUGCCCCCGAACUUCCACACAUGACUUCCCUCAUCCCAACACUCACUUCUCCCCCUCACAACAUCAUUUUCAGCAUUGGCCACACAGAAUCCACCUACGAAGAUGCCACCGCCGCCGUCACCGCCGGAGCAACAAUGAUAACUCAUCUCUUCAACGCCAUGCUCCCUCUCCACCACCGCAAUCCCGGAAUCUUUGGUCUCCUCGGUACAACUCCUACAACCAAUUCUUCCCCCUCCACUACCCCCCCUUCCUCUCCCCUCGUCACUCAAAACAUCAUCCCCCCUCUUCCCAAACCCAUAACCCAACGUCCCUACUUCGGCAUCAUAGCCGACUCCAUCCAUCUCCACCCCACCACCAUAACCCUAGCCUACAACGCGCACCCCUCGGGCCUCAUCCUCGUCACAGACGCCAUGCACCUCGUCGGUCUCCCCAACGGCCGCUACGCCUGGAACAAUGAUUUCAUCCUCAAAGACGGCAUCCACCUACGUCUGGAAUCCGAUGGGAAAAUCGCAGGCUCCUCCAUAACCCUAGUAGAAUGCGUAUCCAAUUUUCUCAACUGGACAGGGUGCAGUGUAGCGCAGGCGCUGAAAGCAGUGACGGAGACCCCGGCGAGAAUGCUGGGCUUGGAGCACGUGAAGGGUAAGUUGGAAGGAGGAAUGGAUGCCGAUUUGUGUGUGUUGGAUGUGGUGAUGGAGGAGGGCAGGAAGAGGGUUGUGGUGGAUGAGGUGUGGAAAUUUGGGGUGAGGGUUUUUGAGAGGGAGGGAGAAGAUAGGGCAAAGAUUAUCGGAUAGGAAGGUGAAAUUUGGGUUCGAGGUAGAGGUCGAAUAGAUGCUAGGGAAUGAAUGGGAGAGCAAUUGUAUCUUGAUAAUGGUGGGAAGGGAAGAUUAUGGAGGCUUUUUUCAUUUGGAGUUUCGAGUUCUCUUCAUUUGUUUGUACUUACAGAUUAAGCAAAUUGUCUACCUCUCCGCUGAAUUGCCCAGGAAUUACCUACAUAGAUAGAAAUUGGUUUCACAGCCCAAUUCAGAACGAGAACACAUAGAUAUAGAUAGAUUUUUGUCAAAAUACAUACUCAUUAUACCCUUUGUAAGCAUGCUAUGUGGGCAUAUAUGAUAUUUGUAUUGAUAAGAACUCAUAAAAAUAACACACACAAUACAAUACA